AUCACACACCCAAGCCUCCACUCCUCCUAGUCUUCACUUCCUCUGCUCCUGCACCUCCCUUCCCGAGCUGCUCAGUAGCUAGCCAUGGCGCAGGGAAGCGGCGGUGCGACCGCCGUGCUCGCGCUGCUCCUCCUCUGCGUGCUCCUCCACGGCGACUUCGCCGAGUCCAAGGUGUACACCGUCGGCGACCGCGCCGGCUGGGCCCUCAGCUCCGGCGGCUGGCCCAGGGGCAAGCGCUUCCGCGCCGGCGACGUGCUGCUGUUCAAGUACGGGCGCGGGGCGCACAACGUGGUGGCGGUGAACGCGGCGGGGUACAAGUCGUGCAGCGCGGCGAGGGGCGGCCGGACGUACAACUCCGGCAGCGACCGCGUCACGCUCGCCCGCGGCACCAACUACUUCAUCUGCAGCGUCCCCGGCCACUGCCAGGCCGGCAUGAAGAUGGCCGUCACCGCCGCAUGAUCCGUCUCUCCGUCGUCCAUCGCCCCGCCGGCCGGCCGGUGCUUAUUAAUUAACUUUAGUUUACUUUCCAUCCUCGAGUGACCGAAGCUACUGCAUGGUGCGUAGUACGUGUUCAAUAAAAUGCCCGAGUUCGUGGGGGUUGGGCCGUCUGGCCGGUUGGCACUAGCUAGAGAGAGAUUAAUAUACUCUGUUGUUCCGGUUGUACGUGCUUUAAUGCUUGUAUACCAGAAUUUUGAGUUGUUGUGUCCUUUGUGACACUCCUUCCA